AUGCAAGAAACUCACAGCAAUGAAGGACAAUUGCCUUCAACAUCUUCAACCCUUGGAGCAUUCGAAAAUACCGCGUCAAAUCGCGUAAGCUUCAGUCCAAACUCUGAUCUUUCUAUACAAUUCAAGUCGACUCAACGUCAAAGACCUGCGAGCAGGAGAGCACUAAGAGCGUGCACCAGGUGCCAUGUAAGAAGAACGAAAUGUGAUGCUAGACGACCAAGUUGCAGUAGCUGUAUGAAAGCUGGUAGUGACUGCAUAAUGCCUGAUGGGUUCUUAAUGACCGAACAAGAAACCUAUAGCUUGGUCUGCAGAGUUCAAUGGCUGGAAACCAUUUUAUCAGAUACUGGAAUUAACGCUUCGGCUAUACCUACAGGUGCCACAGUUACUAUUCCCACUCUUCCUUCAUCGCCUACGAACUCUGAGUGCGACGAGUCUGAAAUAAUGUCGAUGUAUUUACAAGAAAAAAAUCUUACAAACUACAUGCAUGCAUUGAUAUUGGAUUUUCCUGUACCAACUUCUUUCGAUUCACAGAGUGCAGGUUCUCAUGAGAACUGCUUUGAGAAGGAUCAUUAUAUUGGGCCGAGUUCAGGAAAGAUGAUUGCUAAUUGUCUCUCGGGUGAAGCCGAACGUAAUGGCUUUACGGUAAAUUUUCCCUCAUUUCAAAAGGAAAUCCCUUUUAAUAUUAGUUUAAGAGAAAUACCUUUUAGCGAAUCUUUAUACUUGCUUCCUAAUCGUGAUUCUAUACAUGCCUUGUUAACGGCAGUGAUUCACCACUUUGUAUCAUUUCCAUUUAUUAAUUUGAAAAGCUUUUCAGAAUUAUUUGUCGGCGUUUAUGAGAAUGGAUCUUCGAGUUCUGCAUACCAAUUAUACGAAGCAAAUAUGUGUUUAGCGAUCGGAUCUUCUCUUAUAGGUAAGGAUUGCUCGGACUAUUUUUGGAAGUCCAUUCAUUUUCUUUCAAAAUCGAGGUGCCCCUACAGCUUUGAUCAUUUGCGUGAGCUACUUUACUUGGGAAUAUUUUCCUUGCUUGAGUCAGUCCCAGGACUGGACUCCUAUGGCAUCAUUCGAAAAAUUGGAGCUAUUGCUAUUGCUCUCGGUCUUCAUCGUGAAGCUACAUAUACAUCAUCUGAAAUCCCUAAUAGUCUUACAGAACUGAUGAGGCGAUGUUUUUGGUCCUUUUACUCUUUGGACCGAAUAUUAGCAUCUAGUAUGGGAAGGCCUGUUAGUAUCAGUGAUUCCAGCAUAGAUGUGAAGAUGUUUUCGUCUGUUACCGAUAUUGGAGAAAGCGCAUCUAUUGCAGACUUAAAUGCAACCGGCUGGAACCUUGAGUUAAGCGUGCAUAUUAUUAACUUAAGACGAUUUACUUCUAAUGUUCUUAAUGAAUUGUACCAGGCACAUAUUACUAUUGAAAAAGGUAUUCAGCAACGUUUACAUACAAAAUUAGACGAAUGGAAGUGUGAGCUAAAGCAGUACGCUGACGCUUCCCUUGGAAGCACGAGAGCAUAUUUAGAAUUGGAAUAUUUGGAAAAUCUUAUGCUUGUAUAUCGUUCUACCAUAGAACUAAACCAUACAGAUAUCUCGGCAUGCAUUAUUUGCUUGAGUUCUGCGUCUUCUUGGAUUAAGAAUGCUGGCAUUAUUCGUCAGCGUGGUAUUCCACAAUUGAAGCCUAUUAUAAAAGGUAACAUAAUUGCAGUAUUUACGCUUGUAUGGGCGUAUCUCACUUGCAGUGAAAAGGGAUUAUUUAUUUUUUCACAGUCGGCAGUAGUAGCUGACAUUAAUUGUGCUUGGAGAACUCUUAAAUCAGUCGAAAAAAAGAAUUGCAAAGGUAUUAUUGAAGCUAUAACGAUUUUAGAAAGACUUCAAAGUUGGAUAAGUGGAGAUAAGGAUUUCAAAACUCAUCCGGAAAUUGACACAAUGGCUUUCGAAGAUUUUGACAUCGAUAAUCACAUAAGUCUAUGGCUAAAGCAUUUUUCAGGCUCUAAAGGGCCAACUUGA